AUGUCUUCGUCCUCCUCCGACGACGAUUUCGGCCCCACCUUGGCCGGGAUCAAGCGACCAGGCUCCGAUGAGGAGCCGCUCGAGCUUAAGAAGCCCAGCAAAAAAUCGCGGCUGCGAAAAGUGCAGGAGAAAAUGAUCCUCAAGGGCUCUUUCCCACAAACCGGUCCAGACCACGCGCAUUACAAUCAGUCGUUCCAGCACCGGGCCCCCGUCACCGGAAUAACCGACUGUAGCGGCUGCAAGAAAGAUUUCGUCGUCACGUCUUCAAUUGAUGGAGUUGUCAAGUUCUGGCACAAAAAGGGCCCGCGCAAGGACUUUGCCGGAGACGAUAACGCCGACGACGAAUCCGAGGUGGUGGAAACGACUGGAAUCGAGUUUGUUAAACAGUACCAGGCUCACGCAGGGGAGAUUGUCGCCAUCCAAGCCUCCAACAACGGCAUGAACAUGGUCUCUUGCGGAACCGACCAAAAAAUCAAGGUCUUUGACGUGGCGGGAUUCGACUUGGUCAACACGAUCGACCUGGACUUUGUGGUUGGAUGUGCUGCUUGGAUUGACAAUCGGGGAAUUCCUCUAUUGGCCGUGUCUAACGACCAGAAGGUGGUCAUCUUGGACGUGCUGGGAGGAACUACACAGGAGCAGUGUCAGAAGGCUGUCUACACAACUGUCCAUAGAACCGCCAUCACCUGCAUGUCUUACUCUGCCUCUCUCGAUAUCUGCAUUUCUGUUGAGAGUAACGGAAACGUCGAGUAUUGGCGUUAUGACGGAGAUGCAAGCAGACCUAAGGUUGAAGGACUCAACCCUCACGUGUUCGAGCUCAAGAGCAAGACCGACCUGUUUACUUUCCGGAAAAGAAAGUCAGUCCCUUCUUCCAUCACAAUUUCUCAUGAUGGACUCAAGUUUGCAUGCUUCACUUUCCCCGACAGGCAGCUCUAUGUCUUCUCAAUAUUAAGCGGCAAGAUCAUCAGCCAGUACGAUGAGAGCCUUUCUACAAUACGCGAGAUGCAGGAUGGAGAAACAGCAUACUAUGUGCCCGAACAGGGCGAAUUUGAGGCGCGUUUCGCACUCGAACAGGAGGUUGGCUCGUGUGUACCCUCCUUUGACCCGUCUGAUACGUUUCUUAUCUAUCCGUCGCUUUUGGGAAUCAAGGUGGUGUCGAUCCGAAACCACAAGAUUGUUCGAAUGUAUGGCUUCAAGGACGAUCUGCGGUUCUCUCAGGUGUUUCUGUUCCAUACAAACUUUGAGAAGAUGUCCAUUGAGGCCGCGUCGGCCAAGAACCAGCUCCUGGACAAGUCAUGGAACUCGGAUGCAGUCUUGUUUGUUACGGCCCGUGACCAGGAUAGAUUCUACUUGUUCUCCAACACCACCAAGGACUUCUUGACCGGCAGAGAUGCAAAUAACGAGAUUGAGGAGGGUUCCAAGGAGGUGAAAAAGGACGGAGAGUUCAAAUCGGCGUCUAGAGUUGUCUUGCACACGAAUCUUGGAGACAUAACCGUUACCCUGUUCCCUCAAGCUGCGCCCAAAGCCUGUGCCAACUUUUCAGAAUUGUGUCGAAUUGGAUACUACGACUCCACCAUCUUCCACCGAGUCAUCAAGAAGUUUAUGAUUCAGGGAGGAGAUCCAGACGGAGAUGGUACUGGUGGUCAGAGCAUCUGGGGCAAGAACUUCGAGGAUGAGUUCAGCAAGGAGUACACCCAUGAUCAACCCUUCACUCUCUCUAUGGCCAAUGCAGGAAAGAACACAAAUGGCUCGCAGUUCUUCAUCACUACCGAGCCCACUCCUUGGUUGGACAACAAGCAUACUGUUUUUGGAAGGGUUACCGGAGGCAAGAGUGUCGUGAAGGAUAUUGAGGGGAAGAAGGUCGACAAGAGUGAUAAGCCCGUGGACGAGGUGAGAAUUCAGUCUGUGACCGUGGAGUAA